CCCAGCUCCUGUUGAAUGGCUUUCACUUGCUUGGCCGCUCCUCGACACCUACUACGCUUCUCCGGAACAGCCUCGACGACAUUCCCCGAUCGCAUGGCUCUGAAGUAAUCGCAGCUUCCUCUCGGCUAGUCUCUCCUUUCUGCGUUCCCGUCACAUGCGGGUCCUGCUCCGCCGACGCGCCUUAUCCUCGAUUCCAAUGUCUGACUUCCCGCGACACGACUAUGAGCGGUUACCACGCACCUCGCUUGAGGCCCAGGACUUCCCCGAGCUGAAGCGCUCCGUGUCGACAUCUUCAUGGCUCAGCAACUUGAGCUCGCGGCUGCCAGGCGUAAAGACGCUGUCUGAGCGGGCUACAUACACACAUCUGGUGACACCGCGGAGGAAGAAGCGCUCGAUUUUGCGUGCCAUCUACUACACUGUCUUCGCCUUUCCCUAUUUUUGCGCCUUCCUGGUCCUCGUCGCAGGCAUCUUCUUCCCCAGCUACACCAACCGCCCAGCCCACUAUGUCGAGCUGCAACAGCGGGCAGCAAAUAGCACCCUGCCUGGGCGAGCAAAUCCAUACGGCGAGAAGGUCUUCAUUGUGGCGUCGCUGUACGAAGACAAAGGCCAACUGACAUCUGGCGGCUGGGGGAGGUCGGUGCUGCAGCUGAUAGACCUUUUGGGUCCGGACAACGUGCAUCUGAGCAUUUAUGAGGACAAUCCCACGGAAGCAGCCAAGCAGUCGCUGGCCAGCUUUCGUCAGAACGUCACUUGCAAAUCGACUAUUGUCGCCGAAGAGUUCGAUUCCAGCACAUUGCCUCGCAUCACCCUGCCCACAGGGGAGACACGUCUGAAGCGUAUUGCCUUCCUUGCUGAAGUUCGCAACCGAGCUCUGGCCCCCAUCGACCACCAGGGUGUCAAGUUCGAUAAGAUCUUAUACCUAAACGACGUCAACUUCCACCCCAUCGACGCCGUCCAGCUGCUCUUUGCGACCAACAUCGACUCAACAGGUCGCACCAACUAUGGAGCAGCUUGCGCCCUCGACUUCAUCAACGCCUUCAAGUACUACGAUCGUUUCGCUACGCGCGAUUUUGAUGGACGCAUCACAGGAAUUCCCUUCUUUCCGUACUUCACAAGCGCUGGGACUGCAACAAGCAGGAAGGACAUGCUCUCGCAAACGGAUGCUGUUAGGGUACGAAGCUGCUGGGGAGGCAUGGUGGCCUACGAGGCCCAGUGGUUCCAAGACCAGGCUCAGUUCGAGGGGAAGCCCGCCAAUACCACGACGAGUGUUCAACAUAUGUCGCCGAAUCGUCGAGCUCCGCUACGGUUCCGCUAUGAAGAGGAGACUUUCUGGGAAGCCUCUGAGUGUUGUUUGAUCAACGCUGAUCUGCAAUACCAAAUGACUGGAAGGGGCAUGCCAGCAGACUCGGGCAUUUACAUGAACCCGUACAUCCGAGUUGCAUACGACGAGAAGACUUUGUCAUGGCUCAACUUCAUUCGCCGUCCAGAGCGUUUAUACUCGAUAAUUCACGACAUCCUCAAUCCCAUGGUCGGCUUUCCUGGCACAAACUCGCGUUUGGGCGACGAGCCCGGACAGACUGUCACCGAUACCGUCUGGGAGUACGACGACCCUAUGCGAGGCUUCGCCCACAACGCUACAGGUGCUGACCUUGCUGGCCACUGGGCCGAGGUCACUCGAACAGCCAAACCGGCAUGCACGUUCGGAGCCUCGAUAAUAUGCGUCGACCUCGUCAUCCGCCAGUUUCCUGGCAAGAAGAACUUCAAGAUCGAAGAUAACAAUGCCUUCCUCUCAGCCGGAUUAAGUUUGUCGUUUGGCGUCAUGAUUUUCUCCUCUCUUUUCAGCAUGCUGCCAUCAGCAAAGAAGUACUUGAUAGAAGGGGGCAUGAUCCCCAGAAAUGCUGUUCUGACCAUGAUUGGAUGCUUCCUAGUUGGCGCACUGGGCAUUUCUAUUGUGUCUGACUUCCUGCAUCGGUAUAUCCCACACACCACUGUUGAUUGCGAUCACGAGCAUGGUGAUGAAGAGGAGGGUAAAGUCGAUGACGAGGAAACAGCGCACUCGCACGAAACAAUGCAAGAAUACAGGAACGCCCCUCUGAUGGACGGUCAGCACGAUCAUGACGGUCGCCGCUCGUACGGUACCAACGACGAGAACCAGGACUCCAAACUCCCUCGCAGGCCCUCCUUACACACAUCCAUCUCCACCAAAGUCUCCCAGCUCGUCACCGGCCAGAAAAAAGAGCACUGCGACGAAAACGGCCAAUGCUACGGCUACUCGGACACCUGCGGAACCGAGUGCUUUAAGAACAUCCAGCACGCGCGCCCCCUCCGUCUACACUCCUCAAAAUCAAGCCAGCACCUGAACCCCACCCGCCCUGCGGCAGUAAACAGACACCAAACUACCCAAGGCCCACACGCGCACGACCGCCAACCCCUCACCCUGGAGGACGUCGACGAAACAACACCGCUGGUACCAACACGCUCCGGCCCGCUACCGAUGGAGAACUCGACUGCUUCCUUGCCAGCAACUGAUGAUACUCGCCCGCACAGCCUCGCACAAAAACACAGCACCACCACCCUCUCCUCAACCUCCACCACCUCAUCCCACGCCUCCCACCCACAACACCAUCACCAUGUUCCCACCAAUGUCUUCCUCUCCAUCGGCCUGCAAACGUCGACCGCAAUCGCUCUGCAUAAAAUCCCCGAGGGCUUCAUUACCUACGCAACAAACCACGCAAACCCCACCCUCGGACUCAGCAUAUUCCUCGCUUUAUUUAUCCACAACAUAACUGAGGGCUUCGCUAUGGCACUCCCACUUUACCUUGCGAUAAACUCGCGAUGGAAGGCGAUGUUUUGGAGCGCAUUACUUGGGGGCGUGAGUCAGCCGUUGGGCGCGGGUGUUGCGGCGCUCUGGUUUAGGGUGGCGAACAAAAGCCAUGGGGGAGGGGAGAAGGGGUUGGAUGGGCCGGGGGAGACGGUGUACGGAUGUAUGUUUGCGGUGACUGCGGGAAUUAUGGCAAUGGUGAGUUUGCAGUUACUUGGAGAGUCGCUCGAUUUGACGCAUAGCCGGAAAUUGUGUUUUGCGAGUGCGUUUGCGGGGAUGGGGAUUCUGGGGUUGAGCUCUGCGUUGACUGCGUAGAAGAUGGAGCGUUGGGCAGGGCUGGAGGAAGAUUGCGGUUCCAGUCGCAAGGCCUCGUAAGAAGAGCUGGUUUUAGGCAUCAUCUGGCGUUUUAGGCUUGAUUUACGGAGCCUGCAUUGGCGAGCUGCAGGAGAAUCGAGCAUCUAUGUGAAACGUUGCAUUGCAUCUUGAGAAUGAUGAGAUAGUGAUUUCAAUUCGCCCGAUCCUCUUCAUCGAGCUAUUACAUCUACUGCUUCUUCUACAUAUCAUUAGAGCUCCUCGGGUACUCGUCUGCUGGGUGCUGGAUGUUGUUGACUUCCACUCUCGCUUCCUCCCACGCGGCCUUGUUGCGCUGUGCC